UUUAUUAAUUAUUUAGUAAUAAGCUCGAUAUUAAAAAAAAAGUAAAAAGAUACAGUACAACUCUCUCAAUCUCUCUCUUUCUCUCUCCCAUUUCUCCUCAUCCCUGACUGUCUCUUCCAUUUCUCCAAUCACCCUCAUGGAUUUUUAGCAAUCAUUCUCGUGAUCUCAAGCUCUCAUCAACAUGGAUAGUUCACUUUUGGGCACCAACGUUUAAAUGGGGCAUCAACAUAGCUAACGUUGCCGACUUCUCUAAACCACCUCAAAAGCUUUCGUAUCCUCAACAAAUAGAUAAUUGAGCUGCCUCAUGGUAAACUCUUAUUUUUGUUUGCAUUUUGCAAGAGGUUGACACCCAUGGCUAAUGAAAGGAAUAGAAAACUUUCAAGGAUCAAAGAACGAAGAGAGAAUGAGUCUCUUGCACCUUUGAAGCACAAGCGAAAGCGUAUCUUGCACCUUUGAAGCACAAGCGAAAGCGUAGACCUUAAAAUCAUUGAGGAUUCUUCUGAACUUGAAAAGUCAACAUAUGUCAACAACAAGCCAAAGCAUAGAAUUCGAAUCAUUGAGGAUUCUCCUGAACUUGAAAAGUCAAUGCAUGUUAAGGACAAGCCAAAGCGUAGAUUUCGAAUCUUUGAUGAAUCUCCUGAACCUGAAUAUUUAGUGCAUGCCAUAGACUCGCAUGCAACAAACACUAGGGGAUCUUUGAGAAGGAGGUCUAUAGGCACCUCACCAAUACAUGGAAAUGUUGCAUGCCCUUUAGAAGAGUCUGUGGGAAAGAAGAAAAGAGGUCCAACAAAAAUGAACACAAUUGCUACAAGUAGUGAUGGUCGAUUAGAAGUCAAAAUCAAUGCAUUGGGCCAGCCAAUUGGAGAUGCAUCAAUAGGUUUAUCUUCAUUUCUUGGACCACUUAUGAGGGAAAUUGUACUAGCAACUAUAAUUGAUUGGAGAAAGAUUACUCCUGGGAUGAAAUAGGUUUUGUGGAAAUCAGGUCAGGCAAGAUAUUUGUUGAAAAAGAUUGGGGGAAAAGUUAUAUAUUUAAAGCCAUGACUGAUCUUUGGAGAGCUUCUAAAUCAAGGCCGGUUGCUAAAAUAAGCAAGGCACCAAACGAACAAGAAAGAAUUAAACUGCGGCAUGAUAUUAUCAAAUCUGAUGUUGAGUGGAGAGCUUUUAUUAGAGAAAAAACGAGCUCUGAAUUUAAGGCUAAAAGUGAUAAGUACAAAGAGAUAAGGAACAAACGAAUCCCGCACACUUGUAGCCGCAAAAGAUAUGCUCGAUUAAUUGAUGAUAUGGACAUGCUGGAUGAUUCAUCAUUAUCUUCAAAAACUCCAAAAGAAAAAAGAGAUCUUCUUUCAAAGAUAAUUGGUCCUGAAAAAGGUUCUUAUUUGAGAGCUUAUGGCAAAGGAGUUACCAAAACAAAGUUGGCAAUUGCAUCUGAGAAAGAUGAUCAUAUAAUUCGAAUGGAAAACAAUUAUAAAGAGUUGAUGGAAAAAGUGGCAGUUAUGGAGCAGUUGAUUCACUCUUUCAUGAAUCCCAAGUCUCAAUCUAGUUUGAGUGGAGAGCAAUCCAAUGCACAUAGUCCUACUUUGAGUGGAAGUGUUGGAAUUCAAGGCCAAAGAUGCAAGCUUUUGGAUUGGAAUGGUUAUCAGAAUAUUGUUGCUUAUGGAUAUUUCAUUUCAAAUGAUGCAAAAGAUUUAGUUCUUGAUGUCCCUAUUGGACCAUUUACCAUGAAGGUUGGUGUUGAUUUUGCAAGAGAGCUUGAUGCAUUUUUGUGGAGGCCUACUUCAGGGAUAACUUGUAUUGAAGAAAUUGUAGGAAGUGUUAUUGCUUGGCCUGCCGACAAAGUCAUAAUGAGAUGAAGAAAUGGAACAAUUUGAAGCUCUUGACCUCCGUACCGCUUUCCAAGGUAGAAAAUCCAGCUCGGGUCUUAUCAUAAAGAAGCCCCGUUUUACAAAGAAAACCCCCCCUACGGCGGGAAACACCUCCAAAUCCCUUGCUAAGGGGAAAGGUAGAAGCUCAGCAGCUCUAGCUUCCACCGUGAUGGAGAAAAGGAUUCCUCCUCCACGUCCUCCUCCUCGAUUUGCACCUGCUCAGGAUCAGGUAAUACAAGUUGAUCCCCCAGCUCCUCUUGUUCCCAACGCUACCGUGCGCAUCCCAGUCGAUCCUCAGGAUCUGGAGAAGAUCCCUGAUACCUUUCGAGGGACCCUCUACGAGACGGCGAACCACAUAGUGGAGCACGUUUAUAAAGCCAACUCGAGGGAUCUGAGGAUGAUAGAAGAGCGGAGCCCAGAGAACGUCCUGGAGUCAGCCUUGGGGAUGACCCUCAUAUUGGCCCUAGGUCAGCAACACAGUAUAGUCCGGGCUAGGGCUAGGAAUGAUGAGCUCUAGGAUGAGUUCCAAGUCGCCAAGACCGCCCUGACCGUUGCUCAAGAAGGCGAGCAAACUGCCAAAGCUGCCUUUGUAGCUGCUCAAAAAGGCGAGCAUGAUGCCAAGGCUGCCCAUGUAUCGUUUCAAGAAAGCGAGCAGGCCGCAAAGGUUGCCUUGAAUGCUUUUCAGGUCGAGGUGGCUGAGGCCAAAACAAAGUAGCUAGAGGCCGAGGCUACAGUUAAGGAAGAGAAAGCAGGCUCACUGUCCGCCAUGGAAGACAUGUUGUAUCAUUUCUUGUCUUUUAACCAGGAUGGUAACUUUUCUUUCAUUGCCCCCGAGCUGUGGGAUCCAUACCUUGAAAAAUUCAAGGCCCGGAUCUUACAAGAGCUGUCGGAGACAGGGGAUGCCUCUACAGCGGGCAAGCAGGAGAUCGAGGAGGUCAUGUCCUUAGAACGUCCUAGAGGGGCUUAAUGAAGCCUUCAUUGUUUUACUCUUUC